AUGGCGUCGUGGCGGUCGAUGAGCGUCUCCGUCUCUACUCUCGUUGUCUUCUUCGUCAGCCUCGCUUAUCUGCUCUUCUCCGCCUCCACUACCGCUCCGAUCGGGCAACAAGAUCUCGCGUCUCCCGCGGCUUCGAAGGACCCUCACAAACAUUUUCAGGCUCCAGCCGAGAACCCUUGGGCUGAGCUCGAUGAGGCAGAGGCCUCGCAAGUCUACCUCUGGCUCCAUGACACUUCGCAUCUGCUCAAUUCGAGCGGUGAAGAGGCAAGCGCAUGGGACACCAACACUCUGAACCUGGUCGAACUCCUGCGACCAAACAAGUCCGAUGUCGCCGACUACCUUGACCACGGAGGCCCGCCACCGGAGCGAUGGGCGAGACUCUCCAGUCUCGAAAGACGUGGCGACGACGCCUUCGUCAAAGAGUACAUGGUCGGCCCUCUACCGCCAUCGAACCACACCCAGAUUCUACCCUUGACAUACUGCCACAACUCCGGGCGCAACUCUGUCCAAAGUCCGAUCUCAGAUGUCUUCGCUCUACUGGACUGGGCUCUCGUCAUCGGCGAGAACGCAUCAGACAUCACGCUCGAGCUGCUCGGCGCAAAGACCAAUCGAGACAACCUCGACGACCCUGAUGGCCUGGUCAUUGGCUCGAGGCCUGCACUCAUCGACUCAGGCCGCAUGGUGCACUGGCUCGAGUUCUUCCGUCCGGGGAUGAAAUCGGACGGUAGAAGUCUGCUGCCUCAAGGACUGUACGUCAAGCUGGACAUUCCAACGGCCCGGCCAGAGACGUGGAAGACCGGCGGCUGGUUCUACAACGGCAUUCUAUACGACAACGACACGAUGCUCCGCGAGGCCAUGAAGUCUCCGGACUUCCAACGCCUGGUGGUCAACGAGGACGGCGCCUGGACCGAUACCGAAGACAUUGCCAGUUGGGCUCCCGAGAGAGCCAUGGCCCCGCCGCUGUCAAUCCAGCCAUACGGACCGCGGUACCACCUCGACCGUGACGAGAACUAUAUCUCGUGGAUGGGCUUCUCGUUCUACCUGUCGACGUCGCAGGCCACGGCUCUCUCGUUGUUCGACAUCCGCUACAACAAUUCCCGCAUCAUCUACCAUCUCGGCUUGCAGGAGGCACUUGCCCACUAUGCCGGCGUGGAACCCAUGCAGUCAGGCCUCGAGUUCCUCGACACAUUCUUCGGCAUGGGCAAGAUGAUGUUCAGUCUCGUCCCUGGUCUUGAUUGCCCUGGCCACGCCGAGUAUAUUGACAUGUCGUACCAUCGGGCAGGCAAGAUGUACACGAACAAGAACGCCAUCUGUGUCUUUGAAUAUACCUCGGACGCGCCCCUGCAAAGACAUACAUCUGCUUUCAGCGCCACUGUCAGCCGCAACACGUAUCUCGUGGUUAGGAGCGUGAGCACCGUCGGUAAUUAUGAUUACACGAUCGACUAUAUCUUCUACCUCGAUGGGUCCAUCGAAGUCAAGCUCCGCGCGUCAGGCUACAUCUUUGGCGCCUUCCACGCGGAACCACGCUCUUCGCCUGUCCCACGCGACUCCUCCACGAACGAAUACGGCUACCGCAUCCACCCGGGCGUGCAGACAUCCAUGCACGACCACGUCGUGAACUUCCGCGCCGAUUUUGACAUCUGCGGCACGGCGAACACGCUCGUCCGGACGACCGUCGAACCCCUCCAGCGCGAGUACGACUGGGACAAGCCCGAGGUCCCGGCCCAGCGGAACACAAUGCACAUGCUGCACCAGCCCGUCACGCGCGAGACGGGGUUAAACUGGCCCAAGAACGCAGCUGAGAUGUAUCUCAUCACGUCGCCCACGGUGACGAACAAAUGGGGCGAGUCCCGCGCGUACCGCAUCCUCCCCGGCACGGGCAUGGGCAACCCCGCGCACCUGACGAUCCUCAACUCGACGACCCUGGGACAGUCGGCGACCUGGUCGAGCUCGGACCUGUGGGUGCUCAGGAACCACCCGGACACGGAACCCAGCAGCGCGCACCACAACAAUUACCUCGAGCCGUUGGCCCCGCUCGUCGACUUCACCAAGAUGGUCGACGACGAGGACAUUGACGGCGAGGAUCUGGUCGUGUAUUUCAACCUCGGCGGGCAUCACGUGCCGAGCAGCCAGGACGUGCCGAACACGUUGAUGCACACGAGUGCGAGUAGCGUGCUGUUCAUGCCGUUUAACUACUUUGACGAGGACGUCAGUAAGGCGUGGAGGCAGGGCGUGAGGGUCGAUCGGCGGCCAGUAAGAGAAGGUCGGGGCGGCACUGCUGAGAAGGAGGAGGUCAAGCCAAAGCUCAAGCGGACAACGGACGCGCAGAGCGAGGAGAACAAGAACAAGAAGCAGCAGAAGGACGAGGACGUCGAUAAUGAUGGCGUGACGUGGUUCGGCGGCCGGUAUACGCGGGAUGUGCUCGUGGGGCGGGAGAUGCUCACGCCGGAUCUGAGCCACUAUAUGAAAGAGCGGGAGGAGGGGGAGGAAGGAGGGUGGAAAGCCGUGCGAAAUGCCGUCGGAGGGGGGUUGGUCGGGUUGUUCGUCGGCAAGGAGAGGGCGGGCGAGGAGGGUGGGCCGUUGGAUUGGUGA